CUGUCCUGCUGGACUUGGAGGGUUGAACUGUGAACAAAACUAUGACGACUGUCUGCCACAACCAAGGUGCCAAAAUGGCGGAACAUGUCAGGACGGCAUAAAUACGUUCAUUUGCAUCUGCCCUUAUUAUGCCUCAGGAGAUCAAUGUGAAACUGUUAUAGCUACACCACCAACAACAACGACAAUGACAGUAACUGGUGAUACAACUGUAGGAGGCAGCACAAUGCAAGACACUCUUUCAGGUUUAAUAUCUGAAGACAGCCGCAGUGUGCUGUUAUUUUCUUCAUCACCUGUAACCGUUGAUGUUGUGGCCACUAGUUUUGAGUUUGUGUUACCAAGUGUAACCAUGGUUACUGAUGAUGCGUCGCUAACACAGUCAUUUGCUUCUGUAAUGCCAUCAAGAUUUGUUGAUUCAUUAACACACUCACCAUUUGCUUCUUUUGGUUUACUAUCAAGCACUGCUUUAGAAGUUAACUCCUUUUCUGAUACAUUAAUUGAAACAACUUCUUCCAUACCAACAGAAUCUGACCUGACAAGAAUUCCAGAUACAUCAGUGUCUGUGAAAAGUGCAGUAUUUUCCUCUUCAACAGUGCCAUCAGUGGCAUCACAACAACCAGAGACAGGUGUAGUGUUCUCAGACCAGUCAACAACUUCAACACUGUCAGUACCAGCUGCAUCAAUAACAGCAGCAACUGCAACAUCAGCACCAUCAUUGUCUGAUAUACAACCCAGUGCCACCACUUUGAAAACUUUUGUAUCCACAGGUGAUUUAUCUUUGUCAACAACAUCACUGUUAGGGACAUCAGCAGAGGCUGUGACAGUGACAUAUGGUGUUCAGUCUGUUUUGAGUGAGUUCGGUGCAUCUAUAGAGACAUUUUCAUCUCUUAAACCUUCCUCUUUGCCAGACAGCUAUGUAACAGGGCCAGUUACAGGAUCAUCUUCUGUAUUUUCAUCGACAAUUCCAUUGACAAUAAUAUCAACAACAACAAUAACAACAACAAUGGCAUCAUCAACAUCAGGAGCAACUUUUACAGUAUCAGUUGUAACUCCAGUAACAGCAGUGCCAACAACAACAGAGACAACUGUUACAACAGUGGCACCAUCAGCACCAGUAACAACACUGACAGCAUCAGUUGUAACUCCAGUAACAGCAGUGCCAACAGCAACAGAGACAACUGUUACAACAGUGGUACCAUCAGCACCAGUAACAACACUGACAGCAACAGUUGCAACUCCAGUUUCAGUGGUUUCAUCAGUGACAUCUGAAAUGGUGCCUUCGGCUUCAGUAACAACAUUAACGGCAACAAGAGACACGUUAACAACUUCGGGUGUAUUACAGCCAUCAGCACCAUCAUUAGCAGCAACAUCAAGUUUUGCCUCAACUGUGUCCACAUCUGAGACAGUUACAGUGUUACCAUCAUCUGUAAUUAGGCUGUCAGAAUCUAGUUUCAUCUCAAGUGAUACUGGGUCAACAUCAAGUGAUACUGGUUUAGCCUCUACUGAUACUGGGUCAACAUUGAGUGAUACUGGUUCAACAUUGAGUGAUACUGGUUCAACAUCCAGUGAUACUGGUUCAAAAUCAAGUGAUACUGGUGCAGCCACUAGUGAUACUGGUUCAGCAUCAAGUGGUACUGGACUAACAUCUAGUGAUACUGGUUCAACAUUGAGUGAUACUGGUUCAGCCUCUAGCGAUACUGGUUCAACAUUGAGUGAUACUGGUUCACCCUCUAGCGAUACUGGUUUCUCCACAAGUGAUACAAGUACAAGCAUAGAUGUUAAACCUUCCAACACAACAACUUAUGUCGUAGUUUCAGAAUCGUUUGUGCUGAUGUCAGACUCACUAACAACAACAUUUGGUGACACACUUCAAAUCUCUUCAUCAACAUUGGUCCCUUCUUCAUCAGCAAGUGAAACAGCAUCAGCUGCAUCAAUGAUUCCAACUGGAACCUUUGUUUCAGAUGUUGCACCCACAUCUGUUAUUGGAAAGUCCUUAUCAACACUGACAUUGACUCCUCCCAUCAUGUCAAGUGACCUGUCAUUCACAACAAUUGCCAUGGAAACUGUUUUAUCAUCAGCCAGUGGAAAAUUACCAAGUGUGUCUGAAAAAGUCACCAGCCUACCCUUACCUAGUGACAGUGUAUUGCCUAUUGGCAGUUCAUUGCCUAGCAGUACUCAGUUGCCUAGUGAUGGUGUGUUGCCUAGUGACAGUGUGUUGCCUAGCAGCAGCAUAGACAUGCCUGAUGUAACGCACACUAAUUUUGCUUCUUUGGUUGAUUUGAGUUUUACAGUUUCACAGCCGAGUUUUAGCACUUUGACUGGAGAUAUGUCAACAUCGACUGUUCCAGUGACAAUUUCCCAAUCAGUGACACCUUCAUCAGCAGCCACAUCAACAAUGAUAUCAACAGCAAGAACAGCACCUGAAACUGUCAGUUCAACCAGUACCACCAUGGUGACAGUUACCAUGCCAACAACUGGUACCACAGGGAGUGCUCAACCAACAACAACUGAGGCAGUCAAAAUCACCACAACCACAACUGUCCCUUUAGAGACCACAACAGAUAAGCUAACAACUGCGGUGUCAAGCUCUAAAGAACCCUUAACUACCACAUUUACAGCCACUUCAACUGAGUCAGCGACGGGGACUGUGCCUGAGAGAGAAAGCAGAGCCACUACCAGCAGUGAAACCAUGCCUACCACUGGGUUGACCACACCCACUGACAGUGUAACCACACCUCCUACCACUGUAACCAUGCCAACCACUUCAGUAGCCACUCCUACUUCUAGACUUACCACACCCACCACUGGAGUAACCAUGCCAACCACUGGAGUAACUACACCCACCACUGAUGUAACCAUGCCAACCACCAUAGGCACCACGCCUACCUCCACUGUAACCACACCCACCAGUGAGACCACAUCCAAGAAGGAAUCCACGCCUCCAAGUACUACAAUAACUCAAUCUGCCACCCAAGAAACAACCACUGCUAGUGAUUUUACAGGAUUCACAACAGCUGAAUAUAGUUUCUCUACAACCAGUGCAACAGGAGGAAUCACAACAACUCCUGAAUCUUUCAGUCAUAGCACUGCAAAGUCCACUGUUCAGCAAUCCACAACAACACAGUCAAUUACCACCACCACAGCACAAACAAUGGCAGAUUCCACUACCAGUAAUGCUACCACUGCUACUGCUGCUGCUACUACUGCUACUACUACUACUACUACUACUGCAUCUACUGCGCCACAAACCAGCACUGAGUUUACUGGGGCUCAAACCACUGUGGGUCAGAUCACACCAGAGUCCACCUCUGCCCAGACCACACCAGAGUCCACUUCUGCAGAAUCCACCACUACACAGACAACACCGAAACCUGUAGAUGAGCAAACCACCUCAGAUAUUACUACAACUAGGGAGUCUUCUGUCACCCAAAGGACUUCUGAAUCCACUUCUGCUCAAUCCACAUCUGAAUCUACAACUCCUCAAUCCACUUCUGAAUCCACAUCUCCCCAAUCCACAUCACUACCCACCACAGAGCAGACGACACCUGAAGUCAGCACAGUGGCUCCAUCUCGUGGCUGUAAUGCAGAACCUUGCCUAAAUGGAGCAACCUGCGUCAAUGUUACACAAAAUGGAGUGCUGGAUUACAUGUGCAUGUGUACGUUUAAGUACGAAGGGAAACGAUGCGAAACAGAAAAGUCCUACAGCAGUUCCCAGUAUGACAGCACAGGAUAUCUCAUGUACCCUCCCCCUCAGCUACAGCAGUCCAAUACUAUCACCUUGGAGUUUAAUACAACACAGGCUAAUGGCACCUUGUUCUACUCUGAUGCUGACUAUAAUGCUGACUGGACCCACUACAUCUACUUAUAUGUGGAGAAUGGAGUAUUGAAGUACCAGUUUUCGUGUAAAUUAGAGAGGUUUACCCUGAACAGUGGUCAAGUUGUGAAUACAGGAGAAAUAUUCAACGUGACUGUCAUUCAAACACAAGACUGCUUUGCCUCUCUUGAUGUCAGAGGUCCUGCUGCAUCUCCACCCAGAGUAGAACUCGGCAUGAGUUUUGUUUUUCCCAGCUUCAGGUUGACAACUCUAUCAAAUCUCUACCUGGGAGGUCUGCCAAGUAGUGUGCAGCCAGAUAACCAGGUGGCACCACUUGCUAGUUAUGUGGGCUGUCUUGGCAGUAUGAUGGUGAAUGGAGAGAGUUAUGAGUACUUGGAUGCAGUGGAAGGGGUGAAUGUAUAUGAAUGUGGUUAUGUUCCACCAAUCACCACAUCUCCAGCCCCUGUAACCACGGUAACACCAUCACCACGGCCACCAACCUGUGCAGACAUUACUUGUAACCAUGGUGGCACAUGCAGGGAAGUGCUGACAUCUGGCGGUGGAUUGGUGUGUGACUGUGCACUGGGGUUCUCAGGGCCCAGAUGUAAAAAAGAGGUGGUCGUCUAUUUCCCUUCAUUUGGUGGCAACUCCUACUUAGAACAUGCAGCCAUUAAUGUUUCCAUGGCAACCAGUGACCUCUUCUUGACCUUUAAGACCUCCCACACCAGUGGCACCAUUCUUUUCUCACAGAGUCAAGUAUCAGGAUCCUUUAUGCAUCUUUAUGUGGAGGGCGGGUAUAUCAAGUAUCAAUUUGCAUGUAACCAUGGUAACAUACUGAUGAUUGACACACAGGUCUAUGUUGCCACUGGGAAUUUAACUGCUGUCAAUCUUAGGCACCAGCAUCCAUGGAUGACAGAUGUGAACACAGUGAGACAGAGGUGUUCUGCAGCAGUACAGGUGGAUUCUUAUCCUGAGAUUAUCAGCAGUCAGCUUGUCUUGGCCACCUAUGGAACAUACGGCCCUCUAUAUCUGGGAGGCUAUGCUACUGGCAUCUAUAGUCCAGAUGCCAGGGCUACCCCGUUCUUACCUUUUGUUGGAUGUAUUAGAAACCUGCAGGUGAAUGACAGAGAAGUUGAUGUGUUCUUUGAUGCCUUGCGUGGACAGAACAUCGCUGACUGCACAGUGCCUCCCUGCAGUUAUGAGCCAUGUCGAAAUAAUGCAACAUGUCAGCUGGAUGGAGAAUCUUGGUUCUGUGAUUGUCUCUCAGACUACACUGGUGUAUUAUGUGAGAGGAGACUUUGCCAACACAACCCCUGCCAACAUGGGGGCACCUGCAUCAUACUACAAGGUCAAGGUCAAUAUGUCUGCCUGUGUCCUUAUGGCAGGAGAGGGGUACACUGUACAGAAGCGGCGGUCAUUUCCCGUCCAGCCUUCUUCGGUGACCAGUAUGGCUAUUCUUCCUACCUGGCCUAUCCCAAGAUUCCGUCCCUGGAGUUUGAGAUGGACAUCCGGUUCAAGUUUACUCUGAACAACCUGGACACUGCACUGGACAGUGGUCUGAUGAUCUUUACUGGACAGCAAGGCAAUUACCCCAAUGGUUCAGACUACUUGGCAGUUGGCAUGGAAGGCGGCCAUGUUGUUUACAUGUUUGACCUAGGAACUGGACCUCGUAAACUAGUCAGUCCAGAGCCAGUGGACACUAGUGCCACCUAUCACAUUGUGGAACUUGGUCGAAGCUACAGUCAAGGUCAUCUCAAGGUGGACAACCAGGUCAAGGUCACAGGGUCAUCUUUAGGGAAACUGAUUGGCUUGAAUUCCUUUAGCGAGUUCUAUGUUGGAGGAUAUGAUGUUUUUGAGAUGAAACUUUUGCCUUUAGGGGUCAAUUUUACCGUUGGAUUUCAAGGGUGUAUAUUUGACCUUGAGGUGAGAGGUGGCAGCAGUGGUCAGUUUCAAGCCCCUGGACUCCCCCCUGGUCAUGUGACCAGUGGCCGGAACGUCCAGCAGUGUAAUGCCAGCGAGUGUGCGGUCAAUACCUGUCAAAAUGGAGGGACGUGUGUGGACCUAGGGGCAUCCUUCAGGUGUCACUGCAGUAGUGGAUGGAAGGGAGCCCUAUGCUCAGAACAGAUCUCAGUCUGUGACACCAGCUCUGACUGUGCCAAUGGUUCUACUUGUGUUCCUCUCACAGAGGGGGGGUACAGGUGUGACUGUCCCCUGGGGAAGGCGGGGGAAAGAUGUGAGCAGAGUAUCACUAUCAGUGACCCGAUUUUCAUAGGUGAGGCAUCUUACAUGGCCUUUGAACCCGUCCAUAUUGGCCGAUCAUGUGACAUUAGAAUCCAGGUCAAUCCCAGAAAACAAGAUGGCGUCCUGUUCUAUGCUGCCGAGCACAUGAAUGAACGCAGCGGGGAUUUUAUUGCAUUGUCUCUGAAUAAUGGAAGUGUUGAUCUGAGGUUAAAUCUGGGGACCUCUCCCACUGCUGUGCUAACAAGUAGCACGAUGGUUACUCCAGGUGUAUGGUCUGUGAUAGAGGUGAGAAGGAAUGGUUCCCAUGCUACCCUCAGUGUAGAUGGUGAGGUUGUUACCGGGACAACGACCCCUGGCACCGUUUCCUUGGAUACAAGGUCAUUCUUUUACUUAGGAGGAUUGCCACAACUGUCUAUGUUGAAUCCCUCAGCUGUGGAGAAUGAUCCAGUGACAUAUGAAGGUUGCAUCAGGGAAUUUAUUGUGAACGGAAGAACAUAUGACCUGACUGUAGAAGGAGCAGUCUCAGGGCUGAAUGUUGGGGACUGCGAUGGCACAGGAUGUGGAUACAGCGUUUGUCAAAAUGGCGGUACCUGUAACGCAGCCGGGGACAGUUAUCAGUGCAGCUGUCCACAGUUAUAUUUUGGCAAUCGCUGUGAGCAGUCCAUCUACUGCAGAGACCACAGUUGCGAGAAUGGAGCGUCUUGUGUGCCACAGGAAGCCAGUGCCACCUAUACCUGUUCAUGUCCACUGGGGUGGUCUGGACAGUUUUGCAGCCAAGAUUAUUACCCACCGAGGUACACGUGUGUUGUUUUCUGUGUUCAUGCUGAGUUCAUCCUAGUCCCAGGUACUGCUUUUCCUGGCCUGUCUUUGUUUUUCUGCCUUGGUAAUUCGGUUGGUUUCAUAGGCUUUGGCACCAGAAUGAACAUCUGA